CCGCCCGGCCUGCCGCCCUUCUCGUUCUCCACCUUCGGCGCAGGAGCGGUCGGACGAAUCUCGCGAGAGUGACCGGGAAACGCGAGACUGCCGACUGAAAAGCCGAUCGCCGAGCCAAUGCCGAAAGGAGGUUGGAGGAAGUCCCGCCCGCAGCGAGCGGAAGCGGGUAUUGUUGUCGCUGACGUCACUCGCGGAGGACGCGGGCGUCCCAUUGGGUCGCUCUCGCUGCUCGAGCGGGGCAGGCGGGCCCAUGGCCAGCACCGGCAGCCCCCUGUAUGAUGCUGUCCCGAUCCAGCCGAGUGUGGUUUUGUGCUCCUGCCCAUCGCCCUCCAUGGUGAGGAACCAAGCAGAUCCCAGUCCUCCUCCUGUUGCUGCUUCCUGUGGCACCAGACCAGGGCUGAGCAUGGAGGGGGCCAUGGCUGAACCACGGGUAAAUGCAGAGUCCCUGCAGCAGCCUACACAGCCUCGAAAGAAACGCCCCGAGGACUUCAGAUUUGGGAAGAUUCUGGGCGAAGGAUCCUUCUCCACAGUGGUCUUGGCCAGAGAAUUGUCUACCUCCAGAGAAUAUGCCAUUAAAAUUCUGGAGAAGCGCCACAUCAUAAAAGAGAACAAGGUCCCCUACGUGACCCGGGAGCGAGAUAUCAUGUCCCGUCUGGAUCACCCUUUCUUUGUCAAACUCUACUUCACAUUUCAAGAUGAUGAAAAGCUCUAUUUUGGCCUUAGUUAUGCCAAAAACGGAGAGCUUCUAAAAUACAUCCGCAAGAUCGGCUCAUUCGAUGAGACAUGUACUAGGUUUUAUACUGCUGAAAUUGUGGCUGCAUUAGAAUACCUUCAUGGAAAAGGAAUUAUUCACAGGGAUCUUAAGCCAGAAAACAUCUUAUUAAAUGAAGAUAUGCACAUUCAGAUUACAGACUUUGGAACAGCAAAGAUAUUGUCUGCAGACAGCAAACAAGCUCGGGCCAAUUCCUUUGUCGGAACCGCACAGUAUGUGUCUCCAGAGCUGUUAACGGAGAAGUCUGCCUGCAAAAGUUCUGACCUCUGGGCUCUGGGCUGCAUCGUAUACCAGCUUGUCGCAGGACUAUCCCCGUUCAGAGCCGGAAAUGAGUAUCUUAUAUUUCAAAAGAUCAUCAGACUGGAGUAUGAAUUUCCUGAGAAGUUCUUCCCCAAAGCAAAAGAUCUUGUAGAAAAGCUUUUGGUCCUCGAUGCUACCAAGCGAUUAGGCUGUGAAGAAAUGGGUGGGUAUGAACCCUUAAAAGCCCACCCUUUCUUUGAUUCCAUUACCUGGGAGGAUCUGCACCUCCAGACCCCACCCAAGCUCACAGCGUAUCUGCCUGCCAUGUCUGAGGAUGAUGAAGAUUGUUAUGGCAAUUAUGACAAUCUCCUGAGUCAGUUUGGCUGCAUGCAAGUUUCCGGCUCCGCCUCUUCUCAGUCGCUGUCUUCCCCAGAGACGGGAGCCCCGCAGACCUCGGGGAACAACAUAGAGCAAUACAUACACGACCUGGACAGCAACUCUUUUGAACUGGACCUCCAGUUCUCAGAGGAAGAGAAACGGUUACUGUUGGCAAAGCAGGCGGGUGGGAAUCCCUGGCAUCAGUUUGUAGAAAAUAAUUUAAUCCUGAAAAUGGGGCCUGUAGACAAGAGGAAGGGUCUGUUUGCUCGCCGGCGCCAACUGCUGUUGACUGAAGGCCCUCACUUGUAUUACGUGGAUCCUGUUAACAAAGUUCUGAAAGGGGAGAUUCCAUGGUCGCUGGAACUCCGCCCAGAAGCUAAGAAUUUCAAGACCUUUUUUGUUCACACACCCAACAGGACGUACUAUCUGAUGGACCCAAGCGGGAAUGCCCACAAAUGGUGCAAGAAGAUCCAAGAGGUUUGGCGACACAGAUACCACCAGAGUGCUGCGAAAUGAGGCCACUGCCCCCCAAAGCCCUGCCUCUUUCCUUGCUGCCAGAGCGCCUCCACGUGCUCCCAGGACUCUUCCUUGCCCAGCGAACAUCCACCUCCAGGGCCAAAACUCUUUCCUUUUCUGAGGAAACCAAUGGAAUUCAGGGUCGCUUUGCUUGCUUCUGUGCUGCUCUCCCUCCCUCCCUCCCUCCCUCCCUCUCUCUCUCAUACACACACGCCUUGUGACAAAAACAUCCCUUCUCUGCUGCUGUGAGUGACUCCCUUGGCUUCUGCUACAACUUGUGGACUUCCUGUUGUUGGCUCAGCAAAGCCAUCCCACAUGCACAGAUCAGGUCAUGUGGGGGCUGGAUCGUGACUGUGAUGUCCUAAUUGAUCAUGCAACUGUGUUUUGUCAGGGAGCUUUGAAAUGUCUCCGUGUGAGAGGUUGCCAUUGUUGCCGCUGCCACCCUUUCCCCCUUCCUUCCUUCCCCUCCCCCUUCUUUCUAGUUGGUUUGUUGGUAUCCAGCACUCACUGACACUGUGGGCCGAUGGAGGCCCUUGCGGAAUCCUCCAGGUCAUGCCCAGUUGCAGGAGAUUCUCCAUGGAUGGUACUUUUAAAGAGCCUUGUGUCUUGCAGAUACAUUCCUGCACAGGUGGUCAGAGGGAAAAAUUGAAAUUCUGGCAUUCUUCUUUCAUAAAAUUUUAAACAUGGGAUUUUAAUUUGAUGCAUUUACAUGUUUAAGGAGCAUUAAAAUUACCAGCAUGCUUUUAACUAAUACUAACUAAGAGAUUAACUAGUUAGUAUGAAACUGUAUUGGUGUAACAAAUAGACUCUUCACCUUUUUGGAAUAGGGGAGCGAGCCGCUCUCUUUCCAGGGCAUGUGUCAUGAGCAGGGGCAGGGGAAGCGCAGGGCGGCGCAGGUGGCUGGCCUGUCGAGGAGUGGAGGAGGCCAUGCGAGGGAAAAGCUGUUGUACAACUGAUGACUUGAUUUGUUGUCUCUUUGUAUAAAUGAGGUGUACAAAUAUUCCUGUAUUGUUCAUUGGCCAAGCGUCGUAUCUUUUAGCAACUUUGAAAAUAUUUUACAUGAUUUAAAUAUAUUUAAGCCCCUCCACUAAUCAGACUAAUUGUUGUCUUUAUGUAAAAAUGUUGAUACAGAGGAGGGGGGAAUUGUAUGGUACUGGAGUCAUAUCUAUCAAAUGUUUCAUAUCUUUUUUUGUUUUGGUUUGGUUUAUUUUUUCCAAUUAAACUGUUAUGGUCAAA